GACGCGCCGCCCCAUCUUCUUGCUUCGUUACUUUUACUUUCUUGAAGUUCUUCCAUCCCAAACUCCUCGACCUCGUUUUGCUUGUGCAGGCUGUGACUCAAAGCUUGAGGCAGCUUUUUUUCUUGUCCUUAUUAAUCCCACGAACCGCCUGAUCACCUUGACAUAAAACAAAGAUAUAACUUCCACGUAUCAUGUUUACCGAAGAAUUAAAGGCAUUUCGGAGGCUUGGAUUUCGCCAUGUCCUCUUACAAGUCUUGAACUUUGCUUCGGUUAUCGCGUCUGGACUGAUGAUCUGGAAAGGGUUGGGCCUCAUAACUAACACAGAGUCACCGAUUGUUGUUGUAUUGAGUGGAUCUAUGGAGCCAGCGUUUUAUCGAGGCGACCUGCUCUUCUUGACAAACCCUCCGCAUGAACGGUAUCACACAGGAGACAUCACUGUGUACAAAAUCCCUGGAGCCGACAUUCCAAUUGUACACCGUGUCAUGGAGACACAUGACGUUUCCUCCCCAGUCAAGAUAUCCGGGUUGGAUUUGAAAGUGCCUGGUGAACAACUGAUACUCACGAAGGGAGACAACAACCAUAUCGACGACAUAGAACUUUACCAAGGGUUAGAUUGGCUGGAACGAAAACAUAUUGUUGGGAAGGUUCGAGGGUUCCUCCCUUACGUCGGAUAUGUCACUAUUGCAAUGAACGACUUUCCUCAACUCAAAUACGCACUACUGGGUAUCUUGGGGUUGUUGGCAUUGAUACAGCGGGAAUAGUGACCGGCAUAAUCCUCAUAAUUUAUCAAUAGACCUUGUG